AUGGCGUGUAACAUACCUAACCAAAGACAGCGGACUAUGUCGACAUGUGGAGAAGCUCUAUAUGAAAUUCUUGGUCUGCAGAAAGGAGCGUCAAAUGAAGAAAUUAGGAAAACCUACAGAAAAUUGGCCCUGAAACACCAUCCAGACAAGAAUCCAGAUGAUCCAGCUGCUGCUGAGAAGUUUAAAGAAAUCAACAAGGCCCACACAAUACUUACCGACAUGUCAAAGAGAAAUAUAUAUGACAAAUAUGGAUCUCUGGGACUCUAUGUGGCCGAGCAAUUUGGAGAUGAAAAUGUUAAUACCUACUUUAUGCUGUCAAGCUGGUGGGCAAAGACCCUGUUUGUCAUCAUUGGCCUCUUGACGGGCUGCUAUUUUUGCUGCUGUCUGUGCUGCUGUUGCAACUGCUGCUGUGGACGCUGCCGGCCCAAAUCAUCGGUGCCAGAAGAGGAUUUCUAUGUGUCCCCAGAGGAUCUUGAGGAGCAGAUCAAGACUGACAUGGAAAAAGAUGCCGACUUGCCAGUUGUUCUCCAGCCUGCAAAUGCAAAUGAGAAAACACAGCUAAUCAGAGAAGAACCUCGAAGUUAUUGCAUGGAUUCAUAA